ACAGCGUCUCCUCUAACCAGUUCAUUAAACAGCCGCUGCUUCUGUUGCAUUUCUUCUGUAGUUUUUGCUGCCAAGAUGUAUUUGUCUCUCUCCCUCUCUCUACUCCUAUAUACACGCUGCGCGCUACCAUACAGAUUGUGCAGUAUUGACAUCUAUACACAUAAUUUGCAGCUAUUAUAAGUGUCUGCGACGCAUGUAAUAAUUUCCAAAAAAAAAUCAUCAUUAUCAUCUCCACGAAGGCUGUCAAGAAGAACCCAAAUUCUUCAUUAAAACUCAAUCAAAGAACCUUAUUUCACUUUCUGAUUGGCAUUAGAAGUUGAAUUCUGCCUAUGAUUCAGAAACCAUGGCAGCUAACAUCAGUCCAUACAAAUUUGUUUCAAAACUACUUCUACUUACAGCCUUCUUUCUCAACACCAAAAUUUCUAUGGCAACAAACAGCCUCUCUCUUGGCCAAUCCCUCUCAGGAAACCAGACUUUAGUCUCCAAAGAUGGCACCUUUGCUCUUGGCUUUUUCACGCCUGGCAACUCUCACAAGUUCUACAUAGGGGUCUGGUACAAUAAACUCCCAGGCCAAACGAUCUUCUGGGUAGCAAACAGAAAAGCUCCCGUCUCUGAUCCCACUACUUCAAAGCUCCAAAUCUCAGAUCUUGGCAAUCUCGUCCUCCUCGACAGCGCCAAAUCUCCAAUCUGGUCAUCGAAUUCCACUGCUAAAGUUAACAUAGCCAUCCUGCUCGAUACAGGGAAUCUUGUCCUCAGAAAUGAUUCAAACUCGGAAGUUGAUCUCUGGCAGAGCUUCGCUCAUCCGACGGAUACAUGGAUGCCUGGAGGAUGGCUUGGUGUGAACAAAAUCACUGGAGAGUACCAGAGUUUGACAUCAUGGAAGAGUACUGAGGACCCUGCGCCUGGCCUCUUCGGGCAGAGCAUGAACCCUGAUGGCUCGGACGAAUAUGUUCUGAUCUGGAAUGGUUCAAACAUCUACUGGAGCAGCGGUCUAUGGAAUGGCCAGUACUUCUCUAACGUCCCAGGAACCCGAGAAAAAACAGCCUUCAACUUUACUUUCGUUGACAACAAAGAGAGAAAGUUUGCCACAUACACGAUGGUUAUGGAUUAUAUACUUACGCGAUUUGUAGUUGAUUCUGAAGGGCAAGGCAAGCAAUGGUUUUGGAUUAAUAACACACAACAGUGGCAGACAGAGUUUACCCAACCGUUAGCUCACUGCGAUGUCUACUCUCUUUGUGGACCGUUUGGUGUAUGUGAUGAAAAGAAUCCAGAUUCAAUUUGCAGGUGUGCUGAAGGUUUUAAGCCUGCUUCAGAGCAAGAAUGGGCAAACACAGAUUGGAGUUCAGGUUGCUUGAGGAAAUCGCAGUUACAAUGCGAAAAAGAUGGGUUUUUUCCUAUGCCUAACAUGAGGCUGCCUGCAAAUAUUCCAGAGAGUUUGAAUCUGACGAAUGAAGUGGAAUGCAAAGAAGCUUGCUUAAAAAAUUGUUCUUGCACUGCUUAUGUUUAUGGGACUGGCUGCUCAAUUUGGAAAGGGGAACUCAGGAACCUUCAGCAACCUAAUGUUGGUGGUGAGAAUGGAGGAACUCUGAAUCUUCGCCUCGCAGAUUCUGACCUUCCAAGUCCAAGCAGCUCAAACACAAAUGUAGUUGCUGUGGUUGUUGGUGCAGUUGCUGGAGGAGUUGUAAUCUUGGUAAUUGUUUUCAGCCUCGUAUGGCUAUGCAGAAGAAGGAAGAUAAGAGGCCAGGCUGCAAUGGUAGAAGGCUCUUUGGUGCAGUUCAGCUAUGGUGAUCUGCAACGAAUCACCAAGAACUUCAGCGAAAAAAUUGGAAGUGGGGGCUUUGGCUCAGUCUUCAAAGGAAUACUUCCUAACUCCAUACCAGUAGCUGUCAAGAAACUUGAAGAUGCGGUGCAGGGAGAGAAGCAAUUCCGCGCAGAAGUUCGCACUCUUGGCUCAAUUCAACAUGUUAAUCUAGUUCAACUCCAUGGAUUCUGCUCUGUCGGCAACAAAAGGCUACUCGUUUAUGAAUACAUGCCAAGAAGCUCUCUUGAUUCCCAGCUUUUCAGCGACAGCCCCACUGAGCUAAACUGGGAGAUAAGGUUCCAGAUCAUUCUAGGAACAGCAAGAGGACUGGCUUACCUUCAUGAGGAGUGCAGGGAAUGCAUAGUGCACUGUGAUGUAAAACCUGACAAUGUGCUAUUGGAUGCAGAUUAUAACCCCAAAGUUUCAGACUUUGGAAUGGCCAAGCUUAUUGGAAGAGAUUUCAGUAAGGUGCUAACGACAAUGAGGGGCACUGUAGGCUAUCUUGCACCAGAAUGGAUUUCAGGGCUCCCAAUCACACCGAAAGUUGAUGUGUAUAGCUACGGAAUGAUGAUCUUUGAAGUGGUUUCUGGUAAGAGAAACAACAUGCAUUCUGAUGAUGGAAGUCUGGCAUUUUAUCCUUCAUGGGCUUCAAGAAAGAUUGUGGAAGGAGAUGUUAAGAGCUUAUUGGAUAAGAGAUUGGAAGAUGUUGAUGUGGAGCAGUUGACGAGGGUAUGUAGAGUUGCAUGUUGGUGCAUUCAGGACUCGGAGGGUCUAAGGCCUGGAAUGGGGCAGGUUGUUCAGAUACUGGAGGGAGCUUUAGAAGUGAACAUGCCUCCAUUGCCAACUGCACUUCAGAAUAUGAUAGGCAGUCAGAAUUCAGCGGUUCAUUCAUUGAGGAAUGAAGAGAAGGGAGAAAGCAGUAAAGAAAUGACCAUAGAAUCUUUUGUUGAUAAUGAAGAUGGAGAAACUACUGUCUCUCGUUGAUCAAGAGCUAGCAAAUGGAUUAGUUUUGCUCCUCUGAUUCCACAUGCUACAGAUCUCAUGGGAUUUGGAGUUCUGAGAAUUGCGUCUGGAAUGAUUCUACAUAGGGGCAAGUGAUCUUACUUCAUUUUCAAUUUGCAUGAACACCCAAGGCA